AUGAGUAUUGAUCCAAUAGAUUCCUCUAGUUCGUUGUUCAUUCACUCAUCUGGUAUCCCCAGAACAUCUUUAGUGCACGUUCCUUUCUCUGGUACGGGGUUUGGUGGGUGGAAAAGGGGCAUAGUCGUAUCUCUAUCGGCCAAAAAUAAGAUAGGCCUGAUUGAUGGGUCCUACACUAGGCCAGCUGAAGGCCAACCUAAUGUAGCGGCGUGGGACAGAUGUAACAACAAGGUCAUAUCGUGGUUGACCAGCUCUCUAUCGCCAGAAAUUGCUGAAAGUGUGCAAUACUCUGAGACAGCAGAGAGUAUAUGGGAACAACUUAAUAAGAGGUAUGGAACAGUAAAUGGGACCAAGGUGUUUGAGGUAAAGAGAGAACUGGCUUCUACUUCUCAAGGGGCACUUGACAUAGCCUCUUAUUUCAAUAAAUUGAAGAAGCUAUGGGGCGAACUCGCAGCAAUGUGUAAGAAUCAUAGUAGUGCCUGUACUUGUGCUUCAAAGGAAGGUGCCUAUAGUAUCCUCUUGCAAGAUGAAAGACAAAGACAAGUUAGUCCAAAUACUCAAUUUUCCUCUGAAAUGGCAUCUUUUCAUGCCAAGUUGUUCAAUUCCAAAACCCAAUUUAAUAAACCCCAAUUUAAUGCCAAGCCUAUUCAAUAUCCUCAACCCCAAAGACAGCUUAAUCAAAGGGUUAAUUUUGAUCAGUACAAUCACAGAGUGAAUAGUGACCAGAAUAAAGAUUCUCUUUCUUGCACAUACUAUAAAAAGACUAACCACACAAUUAAAAAGUGCCAUAGGUUGCAUGGGUACCCACCAAAUUUCAAAUUCAACAAGACUAAGAAAUUUGGCACUGCUGCAACUGUUGAGGCAACUUCUAACCUGAUUUCUGAGUGCUCUUCAUUUGGUUCUAUUCCUUUUGAUCAAGAGUAUUUGGUGCCUGGUUUGAAUAAGGAUCAGUCUUCCCAGUUGUUCAUGUUACUGCAGCAGUGCAACCUUGCUGAUUCUAAUGCAAAUCCUCAGUCUAACUUUGUGGGCUCUGCCAACUUUGCUGGUAGUUAUUCUCCUUUACCUGAAUUUAAUAGUGUUGCAUAUUCAUCUUGUAUGUUUACUAGUGUAGGUAGAAGUAUCUGGAUAGUAGAUUCAGGGGCAACUGACCAUAUGACUUCUGAUAAAAACCUCCUAUUUGAUAUUAUUCCACUUUCCAUUCCAUAUUUGGUCACAUUACCUAAUGGAUACAAAGUGAAUGAAGAAGCUUCUGCUGUACUGGACAAAGCAGCAGUUGGACCUGAUCUUACUAUUUUAGCUUUAAAUAAUGUUGCAAAUUCCAUGCAUGCUAUACCAUCUGUUGCUUUAAAUAAAUCUGUAAACAGUACUUCGUUACCUCCUAUUUCUUCUGUUCAAUCUAUGCACAAUGUAAAUAAUACUGAUGUUAUUUGGCAUUACAAGCUGCGGCAUAUUUCCUUUGUAAGAAUGAAAUACAUACCUUCUAUAUCUUCUGAAUUACCUUCUAAACAGUCUUUUGUUUGUCAUAUCUGCCUUUUGGCUAGACAAGGUAGAUUGCCAUUUCCAACUAGUUCCACUCAUUCUACUUCUCUGUUCCAACUCAUCCACAUUGACACAUGGGGGCCCUACCAUACUCAGACCUAUUCUGGUGCCAAGUAUUUCUUGACCAUAGUUGAUGAUUAUAACAGGGCUACUUGGACACAUCUCUUAAAUUCCAAGAGUGUUGCUUUUCCUUUACUUAAGGCUUUCAUUUUCAUGGUACAAACUCACUUUAAAUUACCAGUUCAAACAAUUAGAAGUGACAAUGCUUUGGAACUUGAUUUUUCAGCUAUAGCUUCUCAAUUUUCUCCUAUCCUGGAAUAA